CACCGCAGCCCCCGGACCCCAGUGCGCAGCCCCGCAGCCCUCCCCGCCGCACGCCUCCCGCCCAAGGCCCACCUUCCCGGCCGGGAGGCGGCGGAGACGCGGCCCCGCGUCCCUGCCCCGCUGCCCACAGCUGACAUGGCGGCCGCGGCGUCCCCCCUCCCCGCCCCGUCCUCAGCAGGGCCGACAGCGGCGGCCCUUCCUCGGCCAGCCCGCAGCAGGGCGGCGGCGGCGGCGGCUUCCGGCAAAGCCCUCUUGCCUUCAACAAAGAUGGUGCUCCCCGCGCAGGCUCCGCGGGCGCCGGGGCGCCCUGUGUAGUUCCCCACUUCCCUCUUAUUGCCAGAUGGAUGCCAGAGACAAGCAGCUUUUGCGCUCCCUGCGCCUGGAGCUCUGCACAGAGGUGCUCGUGGAUGGAGUUGUUAUUCAGUAUCUCUACCAAGAAGGGAUUCUCAUGGACAGUCACGUUCAAGAAAUAAAAGCCCAAACCACCAGUCAGAGGAAAACCAUGAUGCUCCUUGAUAUUCUCCCCACCAGAGGACCUAAGGCUUUUGAUGCAUUCUUGGAUUCUUUGCAGGAGUUCCCAUGGGUUAAAGACAAGCUGGUGAUGAAGCGUAAAGAAAUAACAGUACAAGAUCCUGCAGAUAUCGCUGAAAUUGCACCAUGUAUUUUGAAGACUUCACCAACAGAUCAGCAGCUGAACAAGCUUGCAAGGAGACUGGGACCAGAAUGGGAGCAUAUAGUUCUGUGUUUGGGUUUGUCCCAUACUGACAUCUAUCGAUGUAAAGUCAAUCACCCUCACAACCUGCAGUCACAGAUCGUAGCUGCGUUUGUCCUGUGGAGACAGCGCUUGGGGAAAAAAGCAACAAUCCAAAGUCUGCAAGCCAGUCUGAUGGCAGAAGAGGUGGAUCCUUCUGUGAUACAGUAUAUGCUUGAGUGAAGCCUUGCUAUUCAUCGGGAGCUUUCAAGUACUUCGUUAAAUUAAAUAAAGAGGAUUCAUGGAAAUGCAUGUUGAAGAUCUGAUGCCUCAAACUGGAAAAAAAAAGGGGUUGGGAAUUAUGGUUUUAUUAAGCUUAAACAUUCCAGUUUCCUGUGGCAUCUUGUGACUUGUAAUUCUUUUUGUGCCAGAUUAAUUUUUAGCAAGCAUUAAAAAAUUGAUUACUCUUUCCUGUUCACUUUUGUACUUUUCCAGUGGGGAUAUCUUAAGUCCUUACAAGCAGGCGCCCCUGCAGUGAGCUCAGCAAGGUUUCUGGUUUCAUUGAGGGAGCAACACUUGGUUUAACUUAUUUUCUGGAGCAGCCUUUUUCACUGGUGUUCUGUGCUAGUUCCCUGAUACCCCAACAAGAAAGGAGAGUAAUCACUGUUAUUAAUUUAACAAUUUUACAACAGUCAUUGCAGGCGGCUAAUUUCACCUUUAUAAAAGCUUUAGCACAUGUAGUUUCUUGCUAGGAUAAAUGACUGCCACCUUAGUCUGCCUUUGAAACUGGUGGCCCGAGAGGGUUUCUCCUGUUAUUGUUUAAUGGGUGUAUCUGCAAGGAGACUGGCAUCGUGUGUGUAUGCCAUCUCUUAGCAUAGCACAGGUGGGGAGUUCUCAGAGAAGACACGCAGUAGAAAAGUGACCAGAAGAUAGGCAGGAACAGGCAAACAGAGCGAAAAGGGCCCUGAAAAAUGAGGCAACUUCUGAGUUGUCCAUUUUUGUCUCCACUAAUAAACUGGGAGACAACCUGGUGCCUACCGAGUCUUGUACUGUGCUCUGGCUCCAGGCAGUCUUGUUUCACAGAAGUUUUACUCUUAGGUCAAGUAUCCAGAGGCAUCUUCCUCUGGCCACCACAUGCCCAACAGGAUAGCGAAGCUUGCAGGUCCGUUCUGGUCAAGAUGAACUCCCCACUGCUCUCCCUCCAGCUUGUGCCAUCCACCAGGCUCGUUUGAUUUCUACCAGCUUUUCUGCACCUAAUAGGAGACAGCUUCGACACUCCUGUCACCAGUUCUUUGCCAGAUGUAAUUGUACCACCUGUGAGAAUUAGAUUUUAUCCAGAAGAGCAGUAAAGCUUGGGCUUUUCUCUUCCUCUUCUGUCAGAGAUUUUCUUCAUACUGGAAGAAACCACUGAGGUUUUGCUGACCGGGUAAGUGGGGAUCAGGCCACGGUAUCUAAAGGCAGUGGGAGUGACCAGCUGCACUCCGGGGCCUGAUGGUAAGAGGCAGAAUACAUUUUAAUUCGCCCUGAGCAGUUUGCUGCACCGUAAACGAGGAACAAAGUUUGGAUGCAGGGUUUCCAGGUCUAUUUUUGAGCAAGUUAUGGUAGACUGUUUCAUCUACAGAGUCGUUGUCAAGUAACAUCUUGUAGGAUGCCUACAAGAUCUGCCCCAUAGGAUUUAAGAGCUGCCUUGUCAAAAGUCUUAAUUGGGGUAAGAAUUAUUGCUGCUGGUUUGGUUUUUUUUUCCUUUUUUUUUUUUUUUUUUUUUUUUUUAAUUCUUCGUAUAUCCAGAUUUUGGAAGACAUCUGGAAAAUUAGGAAAGACAAAUACAUUUUAAGGAAAUCCUGUCUGCCUUGUUUUUUUUUCAGAAGCAUAGAAAUAGAAAACAUAUCCUGGCAAGAUCAGCACCUGCAAGUCCUGAAGCAAUCUGGAGGUAUUUUGGUUUGACUCUUCUGUAUACAGUUAUGGCCUUCGGUAAAUCAUGAUCCUGUUAUACCUUACUCAGAUCUUAACUAAUCAUAUCCUAUUAUGGCUCCUUACAGAGUUUAAGUCUAUCAACAAAUGCCAAAUAAACAAUGCAAAUCA